AUGCCCAAGCGGGAUCUCUUCGCAAGCUCCUCCUCCGAGGACGAGGACGACGGGGGCGAGCUGGCGCGGCAGAUGGCAACAGCAGCAGCACGCGAGCAGCGCCGCGACCCACACGCGUACGCCCCGUUCGCUGGCUUGCGGAAGAAGGAAAAGACACUCGCCGCUGCUGCUGCUGCUGCUGUUGCUGCACGCGAAGAGGCCCUAACAAGCAGCAGCAGUGACGAUGAGGAGGAGACGAUUACCUCGCAGAAGGCUGAGGCGAAGGUGGCUUUCACGGGUAAGAAGAAGGCGGGCGGCAAGAAGAGCAGGGAAGAGGAGGUGGAGGAGGAGAAGAAGAACGAGGAUAAGGAUGGUAUUCACAUCAACAAGCAGUACGCUGCCAAGUACGAGGAGGUAAAGCGGCGCAAGGAGCUGCAGCUGCUCACGCAGAAGUACGGUGGCCGCAUCCGCCACGACAGCGAUGAGGACGAGGAGGACGAGGAAGACGAUGAGGCACUGCUGCUGACGGAGAGCAAAGAACUAUCCUUCGCCAAGGCGUUCCUUGCCAUCCGUCAGGCCGCCAAGAAGAAGCGGCAGCAGGAGGAGGUGAGCACGUCAGCACCACCAACGACCAAGGGCGGCGGGGACGCCAAGAAGAGCGACAGCAACGACGGUGAUCCGCUGGGGGCGCCGUCCGCCUUCUUCCCGCCGCCAGAGGAGCAGGAGCGGGAGAACGCGGAGGUCUUCAUGCGGGCCGUGGAGAUGAAGCGACAGCAGCGCAAGAAGUUUACCCUCGCGGAUGAGUACUCCCGCGGCGUCAUCACUGGAGUGGAGGGCAGCAUUAACGACGACGGUGACGGUCAGGCCCCGCAGGGAAACCGCCGCAUUCAGCCGCAGUCCGCGAAGGAGCGCCGACUGCGCGACUCCUUUCUUCAGAGCGUCGCGGAGAGCACCGAGACAUUUGACGUGCAGCCCGCCGCCGGCACCUCCAAUCAACAACAAGGUGGGUCGAGUGCAGCGCUGAGUGAGGCGAAGCGGUUGUUGGUGGGCGCCUUCUCUAUUCGCAACGCGGAGACCACCGCUAAUGCUCCUGAGGCAGAUGCGGAUGAGGCGGACCCCGACGAGGCUUUCCUCCGCGACUUCUUUGUGGAGGAGUUGUGGAAGCCGGAGAACGCCAAGAAGCGCAAGGCGAAGCAGAAGUCGUCCAAGACGACGGAAGCCCAGGAGUCUGGCGAUGAGGGCAGCAAUAGCGGCAGCGGCAACGGCGAUGGCGAGGAUGCGGAAGGGGACAACUACGCGGCGCUGGCGGAGCUGGCGCAGGCGGAGGCGGAUGAGCGCUUCUACGCUGACGCCGAGGUGUGGGAGCGCGAGUUCCAGGAUCGCGCGUACCGCCACCAGGAGGAGGCGGCCGAUCAUGUGCAGUCCUUCCCGCGUGCCAUUGGCGAGCAUGCGGAGGGGCUGCUGCGCAAGAGCGCCACGUCGUCGCGGAAGGAAGCACGGCUGCGGCGGCUGCAGCGCAUGGAGGAGCUACGGGCGCAGCAGGUGGCGGAGCUGCGGCGGCUGAAGACGUUGAAGCGGCAGGAGAUCGAGGCGCAGCGUUCCCUCAUCGCCUCUGUCGCCGGCAUCACAAAGAGCAGCAACAGCAGCAAGAAGAAGAAGAAGGGGAAUAAGAUGACGGCGGAGGCGGAAGAGGAUGCGGAGGUGGCGCGGCUGCAGGCGCUGUGGAGUGAGAAGGACCUCGAGGAGGACUACGACCCGCAGAAGUUCGACAAGAAGAUGGCGGAGCUCUUCGAUGACGCCUACUACAAUGAGAAGAACGUGGAUGAGGAGGAAAUGGCCUUCUUCGAAGACGAAGAGGAUGCUGGUGAGGAGGACGGUGCGAAGAGCGAAGGGGGCGAGGAAGAGGAAGAGGACGUCCCUGCGUUGUACACGGCUGGCUCGCUAGAGGAGGCCAGGGCAAUGACAGCCGCCAGCAAGAACAGAGAGGUGAAGAAGAAUGAGCUGUCGGGAAAGAAGCAGCCGCAGCAAGAGGGCCAUCACGUGGGGGGCGACGUCUUCAACGACGACGCGCUGGCGCUGCUGUACCCGUCGGCUGCGAUACGGGCGGCGGAGUCCGCCUCCUUCGAGGGCCGCCGCGAGCAGCUGGAGCACAUGAUCCAGCAGCAGCAGCAAAGGAAGGACGGCGAUGGCGACAACAGCGGCACGCUGGAGCAGCUGCAGGCGGAGCUGGCGCAGAAGGAGCAGGAGUACUGGCAGCUGCACCACGACUCCACGCUGGGCGGCGGGACGCUCAAGACGCGCUUCAAGUACCGCGAGGUUGCGCCGGAGGACUUCACGCUCUCCGUUGAGGAGAUCCUCUCGCGCGACGACCGCCAGCUCAACAUGCUUGUGCCGAUGAGCUGCUACGCCGCCUACCUCGGCACGGAGGCGAACCGGCGCGACCGUAUGAAGACACAGCGGCGGCGGCAGCAGGGCUUCCGCGAGGUGGAGCCGACGCGCAGCUCGCGCCGCUACGGCGACGUCUCCAAGACGGCGCUAGUGGACACUGGCAUGACGGAGGAGGAAGGGCGCAAGUGGGCGGAGCAGGUGCACGGGGGUCUCCGCCGCCUCCGCGAGGCUGUCGGCGGCGACGAAGAUGACAACAACAACAACGACGUGGAGGCCGCUGCUGCAGCGUCACGCGAUGAGGAGCAACAGCGUGGCGUGCCGUACAAGAAGAGGCCACGCCAUGAAGGGGACGGGAGGGGCGGGCUGCAGCACCGUGGCGAGCACCAGCAGCAGCGGUACGAGCGCGGUGGCAUGCGCGGAAGGGGGCGUGGCGGCAGUCGUGGAAGAGGGCGAGGUUGA